AUGGAAGUGAGCUUAACGAGUAGAAAAAGUGAUGAAGAUGAUGCCAACUUCGAGAGUUGUGUGUCGAUAGGCAAAGUGGCCACAGGAAGUGUGAUUGAAGUAGGAGGAAAGGGGGCUGGGGGCACGGCGAAGGUGGCAAAAAAGGUUGAACAGAAAAUCGGCCUUAACGGAUCACGUGGACGCGGGGCAAUUGUGUGCGAAGGAUGGCAUCUCUCACUGACCACGCCAACUGGGAUACCGGCCAAGUGUCCGGUUGCAACUUGCCGGCUCUGA